CUGAACAAGGAUUUCAACAUGGACCCGAAGUUCACCCUCACCACUUACGCCGAAAACGGAGCCGCAAUCACUGCUACGAGCACAAAGAAAGAUGAGGCUAUCCUUAGCGAGAUCCAGACCCAGUUUAAGUACAACAAUGUCAAACUUGAUGUGAAAGCAAAUUCAGACUCUCAAGUGUUAAUCACAGGCACAACUGAGUAUCCUCGUGUACCGGGCAUGAAGCAUAUUACAGCAAUUUCUUAUCCAUUCAAGACACCUGGAAAGAAUGAACUCCAGUACCAGAAUGAUUACGCUGGUCUCAGUCUUGGUGUUGGCAUGAACUCCAAACCUCUGAUUAACUUUUCUGGUGUGGUUGGCAACAAAUAUGUUGCUGUUGGUGGGGACGUUGCCUAUGAUACUGCAAUUGGGGAUUGGACCAAGUACAAUGCUGGAGUGAGUCUCACCAAAGAAGAUCUUGUUGCAUCCGUGAUGCUGAACAACAAAGGGGACAGCCUGACUGCGUCCAGCUACUACAUGGUGAACAAGCAGUCCGCUGUCGGAGGGGAGCUGACCCACAGCUUCUCGAGCAAGGAGAACACGUCCACCGUUGCAUUGCAGCACUCCUUGGACCCUCUGACCACCGUGAAGGCACGCUACAACAACAAAGGCAUGGUCACUGGCCUCAUCCAGCACGAAUGGAGGCCCAAGUCAUUGCUGACCAUCUCCACCGAGUUCGACGCCAAGGCGAUCGAGAAGAGCUCCAAGAUUGGGCUCUCGCUGGUUCUUAAGCCCUGAUGACUGAUGCUGAACCCUUCUCUAGUUCUAGUAUGGCGGUAGUACUAGUUUCCAUAUUAGCACCUAAGAUCUCUGAAAUGAGUCGAAUUAACCUCUCAGCUCGAUUUUAGUUCGACAUGGUAUCUAUUCCUUCGUUCUUUUUUAAUUGACUCAAAUUUAGUACAAAGUUGUACUAAAUCCGAGUCAAUUAAAAGAGACCGGAGGGAGUAGAUUCUGCAACUUGUCCUUUCGUUAGUGUCAUUUUGAGUAAGAACUGCUCAAUGUCCAUAGCUUGCUUUAUGUUUGAACCAAAUCUUUAUAAAUGGCUUACACUAGCCAUUUCUAUCUGUUGUUUGCGUUGGCUAAUGCAUGAAGCUUACAUUUUUCUUGUGAUUGCUUUUGGAUC